GGUUGACACUCAAAACACACACAUACAACGCCAAGAGGAAACAGAGGAACAGGUGCAAACUUGGGUGAUAGACUUUUUUUUUUUUUACUAAUACUCAGCAGCACUUUUGUGGACUUGUAAGAUUGGUGACCUGAGGACACGUCAUUGUCGGAUAUAAAGAUGGCAGAAGAGCCCAAAAUAGAGCUCUUUGUCAAGGCAAGCAGUGAUGCAGAAAGUGUUGGCAACUGCCCAUUCUGUCAAAGGCUUUUCAUGAUUCUGUGGUUAAAAGGAGCCAACUUUACCUUGACAACAGUGGACAUGAAGAGGGCUCCUUAUGUGUUGAGUAAUUUGGCCCCUGGAUCCCAGCCACCCUUCCUCCUCUACAACGGGGAGGUCAAAACGGACACGAACAAGAUUGAGGAAUUCUUGGAGGAGACAUUGGCACCACCAAACUAUCCAAAAUUGUGCUGUCGUUACAAUUCAUCCAAAACUGCUGGUGAAGACAUCUUCCGCACUUUUUCUGCUUAUAUCAAGAUCUCCAAAAGUGGACAUGACCACCUGGAGAAGAAUUUUUUGAGGUCUCUUGCGAAGUUGGACACAUAUUUGACGACUCCUUUGGACUAUGAGUUGAACCAGAAUCCAAACCUAAGAGAAUCCAAGCGGCUCUUCCUGGAUGGAGACGAGCUUACCUUGGCAGACUGCAACCUGCUUCCUAAACUCAACAUCGUCAAGGUUGUGUGUAAGAAAUACCGUGACUUUGACUUCAGAGCCCUGAAAGGAAUCUCACGUUACAUGGAAAAUGCCUAUGCAAGGAAGGAGUUUCGCUACACCUGCCCCCAAGAUGCCGAGAUACUGCACGCAUACUCAACUGUGGCUACUCACUAGGACAAAUAACACUAUUUUUUGUAACUGUAUAUAUAUAAAAAAAAUAAGUAGAGUCUGCAUUGGUCAACAGCCCUGAUGGAAAAAUCGGGGCUGGAAAAAUAGUUAAAUCUGUAUGUAUAACUGUCUUGUUUUUAUGUAAUAAAGCUAUAGAUUUCUUAUAGCCAAUGCAAUAAAUAAUACAAUUAUCAUGA